AUGGCCAGCCACGUGGACCUGUUGACGGAGCUGCAGCUGUUGGAGAAGGUGCCCACGCUGGAGCGGCUGCGCGCCGCCCAGAAGCGCCGGGCCCAGCAGCUCAAGAAGUGGGCGCAGUACGAGCAGGACUUGCAGCACCGCAAGCGGAAGCACGAGCGGAAGCGCAGCACGGGCGGCCGGCGGAAGAAGGUGUCCUUCGAGGCCAGCGUGGCCCUGCUGGAGGCCUCCCUGAGGAACGACGCCGAGGAAGUGCGCUAUUUCCUGAAGAACAAGGUCAGCCCUGAUCUGUGCAAUGAGGAUGGUCUCACAGCCCUGCACCAGUGCUGCAUCGACAACUUUGAGGAAAUUGUCAAGCUGCUCCUUUCCCAUGGUGCCAACGUGAAUGCCAAGGACAACGAGCUGUGGACGCCCCUGCAUGCCGCGGCCACCUGCGGUCACAUCAACCUGGUGAAGAUCCUCGUUCAGUAUGGGGCCGACUUGCUCGCCGUCAACUCGGAUGGAAACAUGCCCUACGACCUCUGUGAGGAUGAGCCCACCCUGGAUGUCAUCGAGACGUGCAUGGCGUACCAGGGCAUCACCCAAGAGAAAAUCAACGAGAUGCGGGCAGCCCCUGAGCAGCAGAUGAUUGCGGACAUCCACUGUAUGAUCGCAGCGGGCCAGGACCUUGACUGGAUAGAUGCCCAGGGUGCCACACUGCUGCACAUAGCUGGAGCCAACGGGUACCUGCGGGCAGCCGAGCUCCUCCUGGACCAUGGAGUGCGUGUGGACGUGAAGGACUGGGAUGGCUGGGAGCCUCUGCACGCGGCCGCCUUCUGGGGACAGAUGCAGAUGGCAGAGCUAUUGGUGUCCCAUGGGGCCAGUCUCAGUGCUAGGACAUCCAUGGAUGAGAUGCCAAUAGACCUGUGUGAGGAGGAGGAGUUCAAAGUCCUGCUGCUGGAGCUAAAACACAAGCAUGACGUGAUCAUGAAGUCACAGCUGAGACACAAAUCGUCCUUGAGCCGGAGGACAUCCAGCGCCGGGAGCCGUGGGAAGGUGGUGCGGCGAGCCAGCCUGUCGGACAGGACCAACCUGUACCGGAAGGAGUAUGAGGGAGAGGCCAUCCUGUGGCAGCAGCGGAGUGCGGCCGAGGAUCAGCGGACUUCCGCCUACAACGGGGACAUCAGGGAGACCAGAACAGACCAAGAGAAUAAGGACCCAAACCCCCGGCUGGAGAAGCCCGUGCUGCUCUCCGAGUUUUCUACCAAGAUCCCACGAAGUGAAAUGGACGGGCCUGUUGAGAAUGGCCUCCGGGCUCCAGUCAGCACCUACCAGUAUGCACUGUCCAACGGGGAUGUCUGGAAAGUGCACGAGGUGCCUGACUACAACAUGGCCUAUGGCAGCCCCGGCGUGGCUGAUGCCACCUCGCCCUGGAGUGGCUACAAGGAACAGAGUCCCCAGACGCUUCUGGAGCUGAAGCGGCAGCGGGCUGCGGCCAAGCUGCUCAGCCACCCCUUCCUGAGCACUCACCUGGGCAGCAGCAUGGGCAGGACGGGCGAGAGCAGCAGCGAAGGCAAGGCCCCCUUGAUCGGAGGCAGAACUUCACCCUACAGCAGCAAUGGAACCUCGGUAUAUUACACGGUCACCAGCGGAGAUCCCCCGCUCUUGAAGUUCAAGGCCCCCAUGGAGGAGAUGGAGGAGAAGGUCCACGGCUGCUGCCGCAUCUCCUAG